AUGGGUGCACAGGGUCUUGUGCAUCCAGAGGAUGAACUUGCAACCGCUCGUGCAACUGGGAAGCUUCAUGUGCCCAUGGUGCUCAGCACUCCCUCCACUCGAUCGCUCGAAAGCGUCGCACAGGCAAAUGGACCGAACUCCGUUCGGUGGUUCCAGUUGUACUGGCCCCGCGGUGAUGAAAUUACCCUCUCGCUCCUGGCACGCGCCAAGGUUAACGAAUUUUCCGCGCUUGUUGUCACACUCGACACAAACGUGAAUGGUUGGAGAACGCACGACCUGUCCCGCGCAUAUGCUCGCGAUUCACGGGGUCGGCGCGCAGAAUCUUAUGUCUGA